CACACACACACACACACUGCAUUGGGCAGCGCAGUCUUAACUUCUUUAAGACUUAACUGCACAGCUGAAGCAUGGCGAGUGAACCGAUGGUGCGACUGGAAUGUGAGGGAGUGAGUGUGUUCCUGCUGCUGGUCCUUGCUGCACUUCAGCACACUGUGAAAGCGAAGGUGAAGAUGUUGGACAUGGCUCCUGAUGCAGUAGAUGACGACUUUUUAGAGUGUCGAGACAAAAUGCUGAAGGUUGUUACAGACAGUCUGCUGCAGGAGGAACUCGACUCUGAGAAAGUGUUUAAGGACUUGUGGAGUAGAUACAAUGGAACGUGCAGGAACAACAUAAUUGGUGGAACAUCUCUUCACAUGGAUGCUCUCCAGGCUUAUGGAAAUUCUAGGGUUAAGUUUAGAACAAAUUUCAACAGUUUGGUUUAUAGCAAUGGCACCAACAUCACAACCUACAGAGAUUUUCGCUUCAAGUCUCUUCACUUUCUCCUAUCCGACUCCCUGAAACUGCUGAACCCUACAAACACCUGUAGAAUCGUGUACUACGGCACCGAUGAAAAGUACAAAGCAGUUCUCGGGAAAGAGGUCCGAUUUGGGAUGUUCCUAAAUCCUACAACCUCAAAGGACACUGCAAUUGAAGAUGUGCAUUCAAAUGACGGCUCCUUGUUUAUCAUCAAUUCCUGUUCUGUGGUUGAUGUUGAACAGAAGCUGUGUAACUGUGAGGAACUUCAGUGUCUUCUUUCUCCAGCUGAGGUCUUCACAGUGCAGAAAGUUGAAAAAGUUUCUGAGUAUAAAGAAAUCACUUUAAAUCACUCAGGCUUUCUCAGCAAUCAUCACUGCUCCUUCUUCCAAAGGAAUGCGGCGGAUGUCCAAUCCACCGUCUCUCGGACUCUUACUCUUCUGGCACUGAUGGCCUGCGUGUGGAGUUACUGAGACGGCGUAACUCACCUCUUCAUUUAUAUUAGUAAUAUUAGUAGAACUCCCUUUAAUUCUCUCCAUGAUCAGAAGUACAGGACACAGUGUCACUUAAUGACAAAUAAGAAUGAGAUGAUGUAUAUGAAUAAAGCCUCGUCUUGUGUUAUUAACACUGCCGUCCUCAGUCAUAGUGAUUCCUCAGAGAAACAGAUGUUAGAGCAGGAACACAUGAAUGGAACAACUCUACUAUAUAUCGUUAUUUGUAAAGUUCUCAAUGCUGGUGUGUGAUUUGGAAAACACUGCUAACCUUUUGAGUUUAAUGACUCAUUUCUUUGACGUAAGAAGACAGGAAGUAUGGAAGAGAAGAAGGAAAGAGGGAAGGAGCUGGUCACAAGUUAUUUGAUACAUUUCAUAACUGAAUUGAAUUUUGUUUAAGAACUUUUUGGUGUAUUGAGACGUGUCUCAGAAAUUAAACUGAAAGAAAUUACAAUAAAACACAUCAUCAUAUCUUCCUUCAGUGUUUGUUUAAUACAAGCAUGGGAACUUCCUGUGGUGGUGAAAUAUUUCAUCCAGUCACUGAGAUACAGUAUGAUCUUCUGGAUGAUGUGGGCUUUCCUGAUCUUAUUUAAUAAAAAGUUCUUGUUUUUCUCGUCUGUCUGUUAUUCUGCUUUUGAUUAGUUGGUCUGUUUCAGUUCCUGUGUAUAAAGGACAUUUCUGCAGUGACUGAAACCUGCCUGUGUCUGUGUUCUGGUUAACACUCUCUGGUGAGAGAAAGUGUUGUAAUAAAUGAUCGCACUUUCAACAGGUCCAAAAAAGGGACAUUUUGGACCAUAUUACAGUAUUGACAGGAUGUUUCACAGCUUGGAGACAUGGAGCUACCACAGGAGGAGACACCAGACCACUGUGUGCUGGGCCUCUAGUACCAGACUAGAUGGAUGGACUCACUGGAAAUAAAUGGAUGACCAAAAUGUUCUGAAUAAAAAUCUACAAAUAUUUUAGGAAUUCACUGUGUUUCAUUUAUCAAAUCUUAAAACAGACCUGAAAUAAACACAGAUCUUUAUGUGUAUGUGUGUACUGCAGUAAGAUUGACAGGAGUGUAGCCCCACCCCCUUGUGCUGAUUGGUCGGAGGUUGGUGUGGUUUGGACUUCAGACUUUCUAACCAGAAAUGUGUGGCUGAUGUAUAUACCUAUAACUGGGAGAAAAGCGUUUUGCACACAACUACAGAAAGAAUAUGAGCUACAAACCUGGAAGAAGAAACCAGAAGUUUGAUGUCACAGAGAGAGACUUGCAUUUAAAUUUAGGACAUUUGGCAGACGCCUUUUCCAGAGCCUCAUACAAUCAGACUUGAUGCAGUUACAAGUGAGUGAAAUGCAGCCAAAUAUUAUAUAACCAAAUGGAUCAGAGCCACACUGGAAUACUGCAGAACUCUGAACAGAAUGUUCUCGCUCGCUGGGAUUGCUAAACUUGCCUCUGAGCAUGCAGCAGAUGAUUUGCACAAGCAAGUCAAAGAAAUGGUGGAAGUUUUACAUCCUGAUGUUUUCUUCAUUUACAACACAAGCAUGGGUGAAGCAGAGCUGUCUCACACACAAGUACGAUGGAAGAUCUCUGCUUGUGUCCUAAUGAAGGAGAACUUUAUCUGAUUGGACUUUACUCCUGAAGAGGCAAGCAGUCUCUGGGCACCAAGGCACCAAGUGUGGCCAAAUAUCCAUCAGAUAUUCGUAAAAUCAGAAAAUUCUAUUAAUUCAUGUAGUCGAGGGAUAAACUGUGUGAGCAGGAAAAUCAAUGAAAUAAAGUUUGUGUAACAUUUUA